AGUCGUUUUGGCUCAAGCGCGAGGGCGGAUCAGGCGAUUUUGCGUUUUUGGGGUCCGAUUUCGCGCACAUGCAGAUCACGAAAUUCUCCCGCGCGUUCGAUGCAGUGAUCUUCACCCUGUUCCUGCUGUUUCUGGCGGGCUUCAGCCUGUUCGGUCUGGGAGAGCUGCACAAGAUGGGGGUCGCAAACCUGGAGAGCUCUGGCAAGAAGAAAAAGAAGGCGUUCUCGUUCGCGAUGCUGGUGAACAAGAUGCUCCCCUUCCCAGACAACAAGUUCGAGUUUAACCUGACCCAUGUCUUGCUUUUUGGCAUGCUUAUCGCAGUGCUGAGCCUGAAUCACCAUCGUGCUCAGGACGAGGUCGAGCAGAAGCACGAGAAGCAGAAGAAAAAGGCGGAUGAGGCCGAGCAGAGGCAGAAGCGCGAGGCCGAGGCUGCACGACGAGAGAAGGAGGAGGCGAGUAAGGAGAAUGCUUCCAACACGGCUGAGGCGGCGACAGAGAAGCCCAAGCAGAAGGGCGCGAAGUAGGCCAGGUCUUAGCAUAUUAAGGCUCUGUCACCAGCGAGGCUUGAAACAAAAGAGGGAGGGCGUCGAGGGGUUGUGGUAGGGAUGUUGAGCUGCACGCGAGCAAUGAAGAGCG